GGGGUUCAAUCCCAUGAACGGCAAGAUCAUGACCUGAGCUGAAAUCAAGAGUCAGACGCUCAACUAACUGAGCGGUCCAGGCACCCCUUUUCAUUUUAAACUUUAUUUUUAAUUGUGGUAAAGUAUACUUAACAUGAAAUUUAUCAUUUUAACAUUUAAGUGUACAGUUCAGUAGGGUUAAGUAUACUCACAUUGUUGUGGACGCUCCUGCCUCUUUUCAUCAUAAUUCCAUUUUGAACAUGUGUGGGUGUGGGUGUGAUUUCCUCGUUUCAAAACACCAUUGUUAAUGGCUACACAGUCCAGCUUGUGGAUUUGGUAGAUGUAUGAUUCAUUUAUUCAAUCCCUAUUGUUGGACAUGUAGGUUGCUGCUGCUUAUUAUUCAUUAUUCUAGACAGUGAUGCAUUGGGUAGAUCUUUGUGUAUCAAAAUUUUUCACUUGAGGAUUAUUUUCUUGGGUGGAUUUCUGGGAGAAGAGACAUUCCUGAGUGAGAGAGUGGGGCCCCGUCUCUAGCUGAGCAGGAGCCUUUUUAUGCAGGAAGGAGGGACCAGAGUGGCCUGGAAGGGGCUGGGAGGGCCAGGCCUGGAGGGGAUCUGCCACAAACUGAAGCCUGCUCAGACUUUGUUCAAGAAUUUGCAGCAGGGCAGGCCCCUAUGGCCUUGAAGGCCAAGGAGGCCAGUGGCUGGGGAAUGGGUCCUCCCAAGCAUCAGGGGCUUGUAGACAGUGCAGAAGGUAGGAGAGGGAGGCCCUAGCUGUCCUGCCUUUGCUGCUACCAAAUGCCUUCCCAGUGUGCCCUUGGCCAUGGCCGUCUGAAGGAGUGAGGACAGACUCUCACUAUCAAUGUCCUCCUGUCUCCUGAAUGGAGGCAUGGGCGGGCCUACUCCAUGGCCACAUGUCCAGGGCAGAGCAGGGACUCCCUCCCAGGUCUAUUGGACACCAUCAUAUUCUGCCUCUGAAUUCAAGGAGAUUGACUAGUUUCUUCUUGGUUCAGUUAUAAUUCUUAUAGGAUACAUGAGUGGCCCUCUAUAUGUUGACGUUGAUUUCAGUCAUUUUGGAAGUAGGGUUAUUUUUCUCUCCAUUUCCCCUCUAAUUUUCUGUAAGUGAACACAGAUUAUGUAUGUCAUUAAAAGGAAAAUACUUGAAAACAAAACUAAGCAAUUGCUGUUUUCAAGCCUGAGAUUUUAAGUGAAAUUUGUGGUUUGAUAGCAUUACCUCUUGCACAUACUCUGUGUGCACUUUGUGGUACAUUGUCCCCCUGGGGCCCAAGAACUUGGUUCAUCUGUGCCUAUUUCCCAGGACAUGGCCAGCCGUUUGAUGGUGUGAGAAGGAGGCAGAGUUCUCUGGUUAUGCUUGCUGUGCAUUUGUGAGGCUGGCAGAUGGUCACCUGGAGGAUCUACUGGCCACAGCAGCCUUGGUCACCCUCAAUUUUAUUCUUGGUGGAAAACAAGGUCUGCUUCUCAAUGACCCCCUGCACUCCAGUUCCUGGGACUUGUGUACUACACACCACGGGGGUAGCCCCCCAGAAUGGAGCGGGAGGGCCUUGCUUGGGCUAUGGAGGGCAGGCAAGGAUUUGGGAGAAGGCAGGCUGGCAGAUGGCAGCCCAGGGGAAGGAAUGGCACGGACGAAGGUGUGGAAGUGGGGAGUGGGCACAAUGGGUUUGGAAGGCAGUUUUCUGGCCCAUAGGCUCAUGCAGGGCGACUGGUAGGAAAGUGACUGGAGAUUGUGAAAGGUCCUGACCGGCCUUAAGGGGUGACAGAGACACUUUCUUCUGCCUCCCUGCACCCUCUCCAGCAGCGGAUGUUUCCUAUCAUGCAAAGGAGCUGCAGGCUGUGGGCGGGAUGCCCUCCCUCCUCACCCAGAGUCUAGCUGAUGCCGCAAACCACACAAUGAAGGGAACUUGGUGUGGAAACCGAAACCGCCUGGACUUCCAGCAAGAGAGAGUAGCACCCUGUGCCCUGGGGGCUUGCCCAUGCUGGGGCUCUUCCCUGGACUCGCUCCAGCAGCUCCUCCCUCCAGGCCUUCUUUAAUGCCUCUCCUAGCCUCCACCUUCACUUGCUGGGCCGGGGAGAAUCAUUUCCCUUCUCUGAACUUCAGAUUCCUCAUGGCAGCACUCAGGGGACCACCUUCUGCUGCUCACCAUGGGGAGUAAGCGACCAGAAACAGGUUCUAAGGGACCCAGACUUAGGAUUGCAUGUGCACUACAGGGUGAGCCACGUAUGUGCAUCCUCCUACUCCCAGAAUGCCUCCCCAACUCUGUUCACCAUUACACAUUAAAUUCUGCCAUCAGAGAGUCAUUCCCAUGGCUUCAAAUGACAAGAUGCAUUUCCUUCCAACAAUAGCUCUGUGAACUUGGUAUUCUUAUGCCUGUUUUGCAGGCAGAAAUCUCAGAGGGGAUGUGGGACUGGGGAUACCACCGAGGUGGACUUUGGGGUUGCUGGUCUAGACCUGGCUGCUACCUUCUCAGGCUUAGGUCAGAGAGCUGUUGGGGGUUACUGGGAGGUGCGGUGGUUCGCUAAGACCUGGCACUCUGAGCAGUGGGUGAGGAGAACGUGGGGGAAUGACAGCCCCUUCCGCUGGUGUUGACAGCACCCACUAUUGGGCAACAGGAAGUGCCUGCUGGAGCUCCAGAGACCACAGCUAAGGCAGGGAUGGGGUGGCCAGAUGGGACUCAGGAUUUCCCAGCAGUGGACAUGGGAAAACAGAAGCUGAGCCAUACUGGGAAGGAAAGAGGGGAUGAUGGGCUGAGGCAGGAGAGUGCUUGACAUAUUCAAGGGACAAGGAGACCUGUGUGACUAAGGCCAAGUGACCGAGUGCAGGGACUUCACGGCCCACACAGGCUAUGAGGUGCUGCUGCAGCGGCUGCUCGAUGGCAGGAAGAUGUGCAAGGACGUGGAGGAGCUGCUGAGGCAGAGCUCCCUGAGGGCCUCCUUUGACUCCCUAAAGCAGCAAAUGGAGAAUGUGGGCAGCUCCCACAUCCAGCUGGCCCUGGCCCUGCGUGAGGAGCUGAGAAGCCUUGAGGAGUUCCGUGAGAGGCAGAAGGAGCAGAGGAAGAAGUAUGAGGCCGUCAUGGACCGUGUCCAGAAGAGCAAGCUGUCUCUCUACAAGAAGGCUAUGGAUUCCAAGAAGACAUAUGAGCAGAAGUGCCGGGACGCCGAUGACGCCGAGCAGGCCUUUGAGCGCAUUAGCACCAAUGGCCACCAGAAGCAAGUGGAGAAGAGCCAGAACAAAGCCAAGCAGUGCAAGGACUCAGCCACGGAGGCAGAGCGAGUGUACAGGCAGAACAUUGAGCAGUUGGAGAAGGUGCGGGGUGAGUGGGAGCAGGAGCACCGGACCACUUGUGAGGCUUUCCAGCUGCAAGAGUUUGAUCGAUUGACCAUCCUUCGCAAUGCGCUGUGGGUGCACUGUAACCAGCUCUCCUUGCAGUGUGUCAAGGACGAUGAGCUCUACGAGGAGGUGCGGGUGACGCUAGAAGGCUGCAGCGUGGAAGCCGACAUCGAUGGCUUCAUCCAGGCCAAGAGCACAGGCACUGAGCCCCCGGCUCCGGUGCCCUACCAGAACUAUUACGAUCGGGAGGUCGCGCCCUCAUCCGGCAGCCCUGGCGUACAACCAUCUUGCGGUGUGAUAAAGAGGUUCUCCGGGCUGCUACACGGAAGUCCCAAGACCGCAUCAUUGGCAGCCUCUGCAGAGACCCUGACCCCAACCCCUGAACGGAGUGAGGUUGUCUACUCUGCCAUCACGGUGCAGGAGGCGCCGGGCCCCCCAAGCGUGCCAGCACAGGGCUACAGGGUGCUCUACGACUACACGGCCCAGAAUUCCGACGAGUUGAAUAUCUCUGCGGGAGACAUCCUGGAAGUCAUCCUGGAAGGGGAGGAUGGUUGGUGGACAGUGGAACGGAAUGGGCAGCGUGGCUUCGUCCCUGGUUCCUACCUGGAGAAGCUCUGAGGAAGGGGCAGCAGCCCCCACCUGGACCUGCCCUGCCCUGGGGCCAGCAGAGUCCUCACUGCUGCCCCAGCCUUGCUGGGGCCCUAAGACCAAGCCUACACCCCAGGACGUAUGCUGGAGGCUCCCUGAACAGUCUCUCCCACAGGGAAUAAAGGAGUGCAUUUUUUCUCAUUA